UUCUGGCCCCCGCUGUCACCAACCCCAUUUGACAUUAGUGAUGAUGAACUGGUCUGCGCUAGUGUCAGGGAUCUCAAUCGGCAGCUAAAGCUCCGGGGGCUCUGCCGAGAAGAUAUAAUGAAGGUGAAACAACGAAGAAGAACAUUAAAAAAUAGAGGCUAUGCGGCAAGCUGUCGAAUCAAGAGAAUAGAGCAGAUUGAUGAAUUGGAGUCGGAGCGGACAACAGAACAAGUUGACAUUGAGAAACUUAUUAAUGAAAACCACAAUAUGCGAACUGAGAUUGAUCGGUUGUUCCAGAAUUAUGAAGCACUUAAAAAAUUUGCAGACCAGAAGAAUAUACCCCUCCCUCCAGAUUUGGAGACCCUAUGAUCUUCAGUGAAAUGCAAGUGUUCAUAGUCAUUCUUUGUGCAUUAUUGAUGUAAUGCAAAAGUCCAUGUUGCCUUUACUAAUGAAGUUCAAAUUCAGGAUUAAUAUAAGUCAUGGUUAAUACCAUGUUAAGACAGUAGUAAAACUGAUCUAACUUGAAAGACACGUGAUCUAAUACUUAAGAAUUCUGUAAGAUGCAUUAAAUCCGUAGACUAUUUUUCUUGCUGUAGAAAAGGUAUUGUUUCAUUGGAUAUAUUUAAUUAUUGUGCAUGUUCAUGCAAUUACUUUCACUGUACC